AUCAUCAAAGUUCUAAGAUCUGUUUCAAGCUCUCACUGAAGUUCUGUUUCAAACUCUCCUUUGUACGCUGAAAAUACUACUGUCCGGUCGCCCCCUUUCUGACCGGCGACCGCUGCUCAAGCCAUAAGCGGUGGCGUCACAGGUGAUUUUCGAUCCUCGUUCUAGGUUUAAAGUAUUACCCUUCACACCUUCUCUCACAAAUCCAAUUUACACAACAUAACUGCCACCUUUCUUGGUCUUAAUCACCACCUCAGCUGCAUAUCUCUAUGGUCAGUUCAGAAUGAUGACUAGAAAGCAAUUAACGAAUCUCUGCAUUUAUUUUCCAGAACCCUUUAAUACCCAAAAUCGAAUUUUUAUCACACACUUUUCAGCAGCAGCUACACUUCACUCAUCAGAUACACAAAAAUUGGAUACCCAAUUAAGGUCCCUUUGUGAAAACCCUAAAAAACCCCAAUUAGUUAAUGCAUUUGCACUUUUUAACCAAAAUCUUGAUUUGGGUCAAAUCCCAUCAGAGUCAACUUGCAAUUUUCUUGUUGUAACUUUUGCAAAGAAUAAGGAGUACAAUCUUGCUUUAAUGGUGUACCAUGAAAUGAGAAAAGUUCAAGUCUUGCCUUGGUUUUUAUCAUUAGCUGCUUUGAUUGAAUCUUUUGUGCAUUUUCAAAAGCCAAGAUUGGCAAUUGGUGUAUUGGGGUUGAUUUUCAAGAAUGGUUAUAAGGUUAAUGUGUAUAUUGUUAAUGUGAUAUUGAAGGGUCUAUGUGAAAAUGGUAUGGUUGUUAAGGCUAUUGAGUUUGUUUGUAGUUUGGAUAAGAAAGCGGUAAUGCCCGAUGUAGUUAGUUUAAACACCCUCGUGAGAGGACUUUGUAAAGAGAAGAAAAUAGAGGAGGCUCUGGAUUUGAGGUUUAGUAUGGAAAAUGUGGUUAGUUGUGGUCCAAACUCGUAUACAUAUAGCAUGUUGAUGGAGGGUCUUUGUUCCGAGGGUAGAUUGGACGACGCGAUGGAGUUGUUGGAAGAGAUGAGAACGAAGGGUUUGGAAGCUGAUGUUGUCGUGUACACUACACUUAUAAAUGGGCUUUGCAACAAAGGGUAUGUUAGUAGAGGGAAAGAACUUUUGAAUGAGAUGUUGGAGAAAGGAAUUUCUCCGAGCGUAGUCACUUAUUCGUGCUUAAUUAAUGGAUUUUGUAAGCAGGGCAAAUUGAAAGAAAGUACAAUGUUGUAUGAUGAUAUGUUGAACAGGGGAAUCCAGCCCGACAUUUUUAUGUUUGCGGGUAUGAUUGGUGCGCUCUGCACUAAGGGGAAGGCUAAAAAAGCAAUGGAAUUGUUCAAUUUGAUUCUUGAUAGGGGUGAGCAGCCCGGAAAUAUAACUUACAAUAUUCUUGUUAGUGCACUAUGCAAGGAAGGAUUAUUGGCCGAUGCUUUUCGCAUUUUAAAGGUGAUGAUAGAGAAAGGCAAGACACCCGAUUUGGUCACUUACAAUACACUACUAAAAGGACUUUGUGAAAGUGGGAAAGUAGAUGAUGCAAUGACACUUUUCGAAUCGAUGUUGGGUGACAAGACUUAUGUCCAGCCGAACGUUAUUACAAUGAACGUACUGAUAUGCGGACUUUGCCGAGACGGCCAGCUUGAUAAGGCUGCAAAAAUUCAUAACGAGAUGGUUGAGAACAAGAGUCUAGCUGAUAUCGGAACCUUUACUGUACUUAUUGGAGCUUACUUAGAGGCAAACAAUGUUGUCAAAGCUUUGGAACUCUGGAAGCAGCUAAAUCAAUUGAAUUUUAUUCCCGAUUCAAUAACCUAUAACACUAUAAUUGAUGGAUUUUGCAAGCUAAAUGUGCUCAAUAUAGCAAAAGGUUUGUUUCUUAGAUUUAGAAAGAAUGGAUAUCAUCCGACUGCUUUUGACUACAACUCAUUGAUGGAUGCCUUGUGCAAAGAGGGUAGCUUGGAGCAAGCGACGGGAUUGUUUAAAGAGAUGUUAGAUGCAAAUUGUGAACCCGAUAUAGUCUCGUACAAUAUUAUCAUUCGUUCGACUCUCGAAGCAGGGAAUUUGCAAUCAGCUAAGGAGUUGCUUAUUGGUAUGAAUAGGAGGGGUUUGAAUCCUGAUGUUUUCACUUUCUCCAUUUUAAUAAAUAGGUUUUCGAAGCUAGGACAAUUGGAGGAGGCGAAAAAGUUAUUUGAGAUAAUGGAUGCUUCUGGCUUGACAGACAUUACUGUGUAUGAUUGUUUACUCAAGGGUUUUAGUUUGAAUGGUCAAACAGGAGAAAUUGUUGAUUUGCUCCACAAAAUGGCUGCUAAGGGUAUUGAGCUAGACUCAAGAAUUACUUCAACUAUCUUGGAAUGUCUUUGUAAUUUUUCUGAAGAUAUUAAUGUGGAGGAACUGUUGCCAAAAUUUUCACAGAAAAUCUCAGAAGGAUUUAGCAUUCCCUGUAGUGAAUUGUUGAUGAAGCUUCACAAGAGUAUCCCCAAGCUUCAGUUAGAUUCUGCUCAGUAAUAUAAUCUCACAUGCUUCUGGCAGCUGUUGAGCGAUCUUUCUUUCCCUCCAUCAUCGAAUUUCGAUGUUUUGCCUUCUUCACCUUUACAUUAACGUUUCCUUCACAGCAAGAGUCCUCGAACCAUAACCUUAAUUCUCUCAUUAUUGUCGCAUUAGCAGUGUUCAUAACAAUGUUGUGAUAGGCGCUCGCCUCAAUGCUUAAAUCGUGAACCGAGGCAAAGCAUACAUUUGUCGCCUUUUUGCUCUGAGGCGAGGCGAUAUCUGAAAAGUGAACAAGAUGUAAUGUGGCGACGAUGAGGCAACGAGGCAUUGAGAAGCGUCCUUUAAAAAAAAAAAAAGAGAAGAACUUAAAAACACAACAUCUAGGGUUUAUUGGUCAGACUCAGACCCCUGUGCAGCUCUUCUUCUAUUCUUCCUCUUUCAAUCGCAACAGCUAGGGUUAAGCCGUUCAGCGAGCAAGUUCAAUGUUGAAAGCGGAGGAUCAUAUGGCAUCAACAAUGAAAUUGCACGUCAUCUAAUGAUAAUCAAUGUAAAUCAACUUCAAGGGAAUGAAUUUGCAGCCAGCAAGUUCAGUUUCGCAGAGGAUCACGUGGCAUCAACGAUGAAAUUGCACGUCAUUGAAUGAUAAUCAAUAUAAAUCAACUUCAAGUAGAUGAAUUUCAGAGCCAAGAGUGUGGCAUAGCAUCAAUGAAAUGUGCGAAAACUAUGGGAGACCAGGAUUCAAAUUCCAGCGGCGGAGAGGAAAAGAAAAUGCUAGGUAUUUCUUCUCAUUUGUUUAAGCGUUGAUGGACAAAGUUAAGCAUGUUUCUGUGUUGAUGGGAGAUGCCAUAUACUCGUCGAGAUGUGGACAAGCUGGCUCGGACGCUGUUGUUACAGGAAAAAAGUAUAUUUCUUCUUCCGUGUGUUAAUUUAUUUGCAUAUAUUUACAUCUCUAGAGUUUAGGUAUAAAACGAAGUACUAACAAACACAAUUGGAGUGAAUGAAUAUGAUGUUUACACCGAACAAUAUCCAAAAGAUAACGGAUUAAAAUGAACUUUUAAAGCCUA